AUGAUGGUGGCAAUGGGUUUUGGAUUUGAGUGUCUCACGGCGAUCAACUCUCACUUGGUCACAGCUCAGUGCUUCUGUUUUGUGGACGACACGGACGUUAUUGAGGCAGGGGCGUCAGUCAAUCACUCCGGCAAGGGCAUCUGCCCAUCGAUCCAGGCGGCUGCGUCCAUGUGGGCUGAAGGAAUCAGCGCUACCGGUGGAGCGAUCAACCCGGACAAGUCCUUUUGGUGGUUGAUCGACUUUGCUUGGGACGGCAGGGAGGGACAAUGGACAUUCAGGAAGAAGAAUCAGUUGUUGCCGGACCACCGGCUUCAGAUUCCGGGCUUGUCCGGCAAAUUGGAAUAUCUCCGUCGCCUUGAGCUGGGGGAGGCAGAGAAGACAUUGGGAGUAAUGCUUGCGCCUCUCGAGGACCAGAAGGCCCAUGUUUCACAUCUGAAGGGUAUUGCCAAACGGUGGGCUGAACAAGUUCGAUCUGGUCACCUUCACAAA